GCACUGUCCAAUUCGGGUUGUAUCCAUGCCAACCGUGCCUUCCCAGCACGAUGCCGUUCGCCGAACUUGUCUCAAUGCUGCGUGGGUCACAUCCCAGGCGGCGGUACGCAAGGUGGACCCCCGCGCUCGCGACCCGACGACAAAUCGCUCCCUCUACCCAUGGCUCCGUGUUUCUGUGCCUUCGGCGCGAUUUCAGGUGCACGACCAUCGAAUGACGCCGACCGUGUACACGGCUGCGUGUGGCUACAAGGAGACGAUAUACGGUGUUGGGUCGACCGUGGACGCUGCGACGGGCACGAUCGUGAACCAGGGGACGAUUCCAGGCACGUUUGUGUCCGAGUGGGGCGGCUGGCCAACCCACGAGCUCACGUCGUACGUGAAUGCGAUCCUGCUCCAGGAAGUGCUAGGGUACGACGUGUCGUUUGUGCAUGCGACAGGAACUUAUGCGACGGAACGCAUGUCCACGAUGGGGCGGGGGCUUUGCACACCGACGCACUUGAACCCGGAAGUGUGGACAUCGUCCCAAAUGGCAGCGUUAAAAGUCCACGCGAACGAAUCGACGAUGGCCAACGUGGGGUAUUGGGGCAGGAGCGGGCUGUACACGUUGCAAGCCAACGUCGACGAUGCGCUGCGAGGGCCCCAAAGUACUCUGGGCAACUUGUCGCGUCCGUUCUCGGCCGACUUUUGGCGAGAGUUCACGUUAAGCGACGACCUGAUCGAGUACUUUUCCAUUGAUCGACACAAUCGGUCGCGCAUUGCCAAGGCCAAGUAUUGCCCCGAUGGCGUCGGGGGGUGUUUGGACGGUUGCUCUAAGUCAUACGCGUGCACACUGCAUGAAGGCCGCGGGAAAUCGUGCAUGCUCGUGCUCAUCAUGCGAUGGGACUACGACCCUGGGUAUCUCCAGGCGAUCAUGUCCAACCGCAACGUGCCUGCUUACUUUUGCUCCGCCGGCGACUCGAAUCUCCAGGAGUACGUUGUCGAGACCAUGCAGCGCAACGGCACGAUUGUGUUUUAUCAUUACGUGCCCGACAUGUUUCACACGGACAACCCGGGCAAGUUUGCGCGCAUCCUGUGGCCGCUGCCGGACCCGGCAGUCGUUGCGACGGCGACUGGCACGUUCGGGGAGCUCGGGUACGGCAACCCGACAACGAACCCCGUCGACGUUGACUAUCCCCAAGAAAACUUGAUGAAGAUCUAUGCCAACCUGUUGCGGAGCGACGAAUUGUUGGCGCACUACUUGAACCAGUUUGUCCUGACCCAGCUCGACGUGACGACCAUGCUGUCGAGUAUGGCGGCAUUUCAAGCCGACCCAGCGACGACGCAACCGGCCAACUUUGCCGCGGCCUGUCAGUGGGUCCGAUCCAACUACGACACGUGGACGUCGUGGCUCGAAACGCUGCCUCUCUGCGACAUCCGCCGACACAUGACGUAUACCAUGACGGGCUGCAACACCACGUUUCGGCGAGUGUCGUUUGCGUGGACCCGUCCAGACCCGACCAACGCGACCCUGCCAUUCGAGUGCGACGGGGGCAUCGUGACGUUACCAGGGGCAUUUCAAACGAGCAAGUCGUGUGAAUGGCUGUCGACGCACGAAAACGAAUGGACAGCGUGGACAAGUGCCCCGCCCCAUUGCGACCCGUCCUUCUUUGCGUACACGAUAUCGUCGUGCAGUGAGGCGUCGACGCGGGAAGUCGCGUUUGCGUGGAAUUUGCCCGAGGCGGCGAAUCCCGCGCGGUCCAGCGAGUGUACUGGCGGCGUCGCUCUCCCGGCCAAUGUCGUCCUCGACUGCGGGUAUGUCCCGUAUACGUCGUCGGCGUUCGUCGGGAUCGCGGUGUUGACGAGUGUGGUCAUGGUCCUAUUGACAGGCUUGACAGCCCUGGUCGUGUUGUUUCGAGAACGUCCCAUCAUUAAGCGGUCGCAGUGGCCUCUCCUCGUGCUCAUGCUGCUCGGCGGGUACUGCCUCUGUGCCACCGUGUUCCUCUUUGGCGGCCCUCCAUCGCCGGGUGUCUGCGGUGGCCGUCCCUUUGUCGCUUCGCUUGGGUACACGACCGUGUUUGGAUCGAUCUUGGCCAAGUCCCUCCGCGUGUACGCUGUGUUCAAUCAAAAGGCCAUGAAGCGCGUUGUGAUCACAGUGUGGCGGGCGCUGCAAUGGUUUAUCGUGGUCUUAGGGAUCGACAUGGGUACGGUCGACACCAUGCCACGUCGGCGAUGUCACAUUGGGGCAAUGGACAGGAAUUGUCGCCGUCUGGCUGGUCGUGGAUUUUCCGCAUCCGAUCUCGACGACCGUGCCAUCGACAGACUUUCACGGCGACAUCGACAUCCAGCAAUGCCGGUCGAGCAACUUCAUCUUCCCCACGCUGUCCAUCUUUUGGAAGGGCCUCGUCACGCUGGGCGGCGUGUACGUGGCGUUCCACAUCCGGAAGGCGGACAGCGAUUUCCAAGAGUCGGUUUGGAUGUUUGCGUCGUCGUGCAUGGUCAUUGUCGGCGGCGGCGUCAUGCUCGCGCUUACGUACGCCACGACCAUGUCCCCCGUGUCGACAUUUACACUCCAAGCGGUCGUGAUUCUCCUGUGCACGGUAACCCACCUCGAGAGAGCCGUGGAUGUGUCAAUUGUCGGCGUAGGUGACGGUGAUGGCGCUCAUGCUCGUGCCCAAGUUUUUCAAGUUGCACGCUGUGACGCCGAUCGAAGUGUUUCCAUCGAGGAAAACGUCCUCCAUGACGUCGUCGACCAAAUUGGCCGCGGCGAAAACGGCGCCGAACAAACCAACCCCGCCGUCCAACUCGCAGCGGCUCUCAAGUGGCUCCCAGAUCGCUCCAUCCAACUCGGCCGCUGCUCUGCUCACGUCCUCGGCGUCGCAAGGCACCGGUGAGAAUGCCAUCUCCGACGCAACGUC